GGAAAUGGCAAAGUUGAAGCACUAUAAAUGAAAUUUAACCUAAAAAUACCCGGGCAAAUGAACGGAAAUUUUGGAGUCUCGUUGAGACUGGGAGUGAUCUGAAAUCAAGUCGCAUCUAUAGGUUUUUGCUUGUUCUGUUCUCCUGUCGGAAGAAUCCCAAAAGUGGUUUUGUGCUUGGAAUUCAAUUGCUGCCUGUCGCUCUUACAUACUCCAUUUGAAGUCGCAAAUUUAACUGAAUUUGCCUAAAUGGAACAAGGCGAAGCUAUUGAACAACAACCCAGUCUAAACUGGAGCGAGUCAGUUGAAGAUCUUGUGACAGCCGGGGACACAGACGGCGCAAUCUCUCUCCUUGAAACGGUGGUUUCAAAACUUGAAACCCUGAGCCGAUCUGAAACGCUUGAUCUCCAAUUGGCUUCUGCCUUUACUGAAUUGUCCAAGCUCUAUUCCACCAAGCACUUCUCUCUCAAAUCGGACGAGCUUCUCUCUCGCGCUUCGGUCCUCAAACAACUCGCCCUUCAGUCUCGCCCUUCUAGCAGUGCGGAAGAUGUGACGAAGCACUUGAUCGAAGAUGUGGUGUCAAAUUCAAAGUCCAAUGCCGCUUUAUCUUCUAGUGAUUCAGUUAUUGAUGGGCCUUGUAUAAAAGGGCAUCUUGAGGAAUCGUUUAGACUGCCUGAUGAUGCUUCUCCUUGCAAAGGAUCUUCAGAUGAUGAUUGGGAAGCUAUCGCAGAUCGUGCUCCCAAUGAAUUACUCUCCCCACAAGGCUUACCUAGUGUAUCAAACCUUUCAUUGAAGGAAAAUAAAGUUAAAGGCCCCAAGCGACGUGGAAGGGGAACAUUCUCAUACAAAGAAGACAAACUUUAUAGUGAUCGGCAGUCUUAUACGUCUUUUUCUAGUGACAAAGAGGAGGAUGAUUCAUGCAAAAGUAAACAACAGAAUCUAGAAUCAAUACAUUGUAAAUAUGGCACACGCCAUGUUCUUGUUCUAUCUGACUUUCCACCAAGUACGAGGACAAUAGAGCUUGAGAAGCUUUUCCAGGACUUUGCAAGUCGUGGAUUUGUCAUUCGCUGGGUAAAUGAUACAGUGGCCCUUGCAGUAUUCCAAACACCAUCCAUUGCUCUUGAGGCCCAGAACCAUGUUCAAUGUCCAUUUGCAGUGCGUAUUCUUGAUGAGGAUGAUAUCCUUCUGGGUUCAAUUCCUGCAAGAGAUCUGGAACCUCCUCGCCAAAGGCCACAGACAUCAACAAGAACUGCACAAAGGUUGAUUGCACAAGGAAUGGGACAGAAGCUGCCUUCUACAAAUUUUGGAUCUAGAGAGUUGAGGAAUCAGGAAGAAGCCAGAAAGAAUCGCAUAGUUACAAGGCAAAAAAUGAUCAAGGAUGCUUGGGGUGAUGAUGAUGAAAAAUGAGAUGGUUUCUCAUUUCAGAUUUUAUGCAUGAAAAAUGAUUUUACCCUCGUACUUUUUACCCUCAAUACUUUCUAUGCUUAACUGCUCCAUUGCUUACUUUCUCCAUUGCUUGCUUAAUGCUAUAAAAGUUGCACAUAUUUGUGUAUGAUAUGGAACACAUUUUCUUCCUGGGAAAAUCCAUUAACUUGUGUUCA